AUGAUUGCUCACACGAAAGCUAUUUUAAACAGGGUCGUCGAUCUCGUUCUCUGUCACCAAUCCCAUCGUUAUAUAUCUGUUUUUGGAGGACCAAUUUCUGAAAUUUCAGAAAACACAGCUUACAUGUCCAGAAAGUUUCCGACGGUUUCUACCAUAAUCAGCAAAACAAUGCCUGUCGAAAAUCUCAUGGUUCUUCGCAAAUGGCAAGAGAAAAUGCGGAAGCAAAUGGGCGAUAAGGAGUUCAACGAUUACAUUGCCCGAGUAAAGAGGCUGGGUAAAGAUGUUCAUCAAGCUAUCUGUGAUAUCAUUCAGGGUCAAAGACGGAUCGAAGAUUUUUCCGAACCGAUUGAUGGAUAUGUUCGCAGUUUGGGGACAAUUUUACCCCAUGUUAAAGCAACUCAUUUAGUUGAAAAGGAUUGCUUCCACCCACUACUUAAAUAUCGAGGUCGUUUAGACAGCAUUAAUAGCUUUAAUGUGGGUGAGAGCGGAUACGUUCUAACCGAAUGGAAGACAGUCCAUGAGAGCAAACGUGUAACAAGUUUGGAAAAGGCUUACGACGCCCCUAUGCAAGUAGCCGCCUAUGCGGGAGCCUAUAACUUUACUCGUUCCCCCGAUAUGCCUGAGGUACGGCAAGGUCUAAUAGCCUACGCGUACGCUGACGGCUAUCCUGCAGAUGUUCUGAUUCUUGACGAGGUUACCUUAGAACAUUACUUCCAAACUUGGGUUAGUCGAGUUGAAGCCUACCAUCAAUCAUUGAGGUCCAUCGAUUAA